AUGCCUGUGGAAAUCCCAUACAAGACAGACAAUGAACCCAAAAUUGGUUUCAUUGAAUUUGAUAAAGCUAACUUUAAAACAGUUACAUGGAAAGCGCCAGAAUCAAUUCCGUAUAAAGGUAGAAUAAUCUAUGUUCACGGAUUUAGUGAACACGCCACUAUUUAUACCGAAUACUUUGAUAAAUUGUCUCAGAAAGGUUACGAUAUCUUUUUUUUUGACCAGAGAGGUGCUGGUGAAACUUCUCCAGGCGAUCAGGUUGGUAAGACAGAUGAAGCACAUACAUUCAAUGAUUUGGACUUUAUGAUCAAACAUAAUCUUGAUUUGAAGAAAGAUUCAACGGAAAAGUUCUUUUUAAUGGGACACCUGAUGGGUGGUGGUAUUGUAUUGAAUUACGCCAUUAAAGGUAAAUACAGAGAACAUAUCAAGGGUAUUGUUGUCUGUGCACCAUUAGUGUUAUUACAUCCAAAAACCCAACCAAAUUUUGUUGUUAGAGCUCUUUCACCUCUAAUUAACAAAUUGGUGCCUAAUUUAAAGAUAGAUUCUAAAUUAAACUAUGACUAUAUUACUUCGAAUGAGGGCUGGAAGAACUACAUCAUGAAGCACGAUACUAAAUUAAUUGGAACCGUAAGACAAUUCUUUGACAUGUUUGCCCGUGGGGAAGCUUUGACAAAACCUGAAUUUGUCUCUAAGUUUAAUCCUGAAACAUCGCUACUCUUGGUUCAUGGUACUAAUGAUAAUAUUAAUUGGAUCGACGGUACGAGGAAGUUCUACAGGUUGGUAGAUGAUAAGAUCGAUAAAUCCUUCUCUGAAAUUAAGGAUGGUAGACAUUCAUUAUUUAUUGAAAAUGAAACUAUUUUUAAAGAUGUGUUUGAUAAAGUCUUGACGUUCUUGAACAGUCAUUAG